AUGGAAGAGAAUGAUACGGUGCGCCCAAAGACUAAGGUCUGGCGCGCACCCAAGAAGCUGACGGCCGUUUUGGAAGAGAAGGAUAUCCCGAGUUACGUUUCCCGCGAGACUCACCAGAUUCUACAGCCCGCAAAGCAGCUACUCUAUCAGCCUGAUGAAAUCGACGUUCGCUGGCUGAAGCUUUGCAACGCGGCGCGAGUCGAGAACGGUCAGGCCCGGAUCACGAUGCACCAGCUCGCCCACACGCUGAAUACAUUCGAAAGUGAGGCAUACACAGCACUCCAUUGCGCGCUCAUCCAAUCGCUGGCAUUGCCUGCCCGGUUUCCGCUUCCUGAUGACGACGCGAAAUGUAUCAUAUGCGGGGAUCGUGAAUACGGUAUUGAUGCGGUGAAGUAUAACUGCGUGAUGUGCAACAUGACCUGCCACGCCGAGUGUCUGCUGAUGGGCACUUCAGAGUUGCCAGGCGAUUGGAAGUGCUCAAGCUGCGAAAAACUUGAUGGACGCCCGCCAAACUGCGUGCUCUGCCCGAUGCGCGGGGGCGGCUUCAUGGAGACGACCGACGGCAGAUGGGCCCAUCUGAACUGUGGAAAAUGGUUUUGGAAUUGCCGUUAUUCCGGAGCUGCUCCACAUAAACUCGACUGUCGGCAGAUUCCCCUGUCGAACUGGAGCAUGAAGUGCCAAGUGUGCAAUACAAGCCUCGGCGCGUGUCUUCAAUGUCGGGAGCCCGGAUGCGACGUGUCAUUUCACGUCUCCUGCGCCUUGCGUACCGGGCAUAAGUUUUACACCACAAAUGACAAAAAAUACCUGAAUUACCACACGUAUUGCCUGAAACACACGCUAGAGGUUAAAGGUAAAAAGCGGGGCAAGAAGAAAUCAUUGCCCGGGGAGCUCGAGAACAAUUGGGUGCGAUCGGAGGAGCUGGGCGAGCUGGAGAAAUAUUUGGUUGAACGCACGCCGGUGGAAGAUGCUAUUAGAUUAUCGGAUCUACCUGCAGAUAUCAUCAAAGAACUCUUUGCUUAUUGGAAGCUGAAGCGCCAAGACAAUGGCUACAAGCCGCUUAUUCAGGAAGAUCUGAUAAUUGUCGCCGAUUUGGAACGCCUCGUUCUGGAGCGGCUUUCGCUUGAUGACGAGGAAGAUGAGUCGACGGAUGAGAAGAGGAGCCGCGAUUUCAAGUCGUCGUCGGUUGAGAAAUGGGCCACACCAACGGCCAGCAUUUGUGGUGACGCUGGAGCCGAUCGAAACGUCGAGGAAACUCCAUUGGCAUCCUAUGCCACACCGCCACAAUCAAUGGUGCGCAAGCCUCGCACCUCAAAACGACGCCCUCUCGCCGGACUGAAUUCGUCGUCCCGU